UUUCGCGAUGUUGUUGAGGGGAAAGUGUCUGACUGAACGUUUGCUAGUUGACUAAUACCGGCUCAGAUCGAGUAGCUGUGAGCAGUCAGCAUUAACGUUAGUAGCAGCGCUAACGUUUUAAACAACUAGCGUUAGUUAGCUAACUGCGGGGCAUGGAGUGAGCUGCUACUUUUUUAACAUUUGAAAUGGCUGAAGCGGAGACUUUAACACUGAGAGGAUUUCUAGACUUAACGUUAAGUCCAGCAAAGAGACGCGACGCGAACAAGGAAAACGAUGUUCCAGUUUUGGUUUUGACCCUCUUUUCGAAGGCUCCGUUUGUGACUUUCGGUACCGUGAAGCUGGGAACCUCCAAGUCUGUGGUUCUGCGCAUUGAGAACCCGACGGAGGGCGCAGAAGCCGAGGUGACCGUUGACAAGAUCCCCUCGAGUAAAGGCUUUUCUGUGGACCGCAGCCCGUUCACGAUUCAGCCCGAGGACUCGUUCAGUUUGACAGUAACAUGGACUCCGACAGAAGAAGGUGGAAUCAGAGAGCUCAUCCUCUUUAAUGCCAACGGGGUCCUCAAGCACCAGGCUGUGCUGCUGGGGAGAGCGGAAGCACCGAGAAAGAAAAAGACAAGCUUAUGGGACAAGAUCAAAAACAAGAGGGAGGGGGAAACGGUAGCUGCCCCAAGGAGAAAGAAAACAGAACAGCCGUUGAAGAUGGCUGCCAAUAAAACCUUCCAAGUGUCCCGAAAGCCACAGUACAAACAGAGAAAGCCACGCAGCCCACUUGCUUCUCUCAACGAGUACAGAGCUGUUGGAGCGAGACCCGUCUCCCACCUCAGUCCCGUUGACGAUUACUCUCAGAAAUCCAAGGAGAAGAAGGCCUUGACUUCCACCCAGAGGCAACGGUCUCUGGGCUUGUCGGACCAGGAGAAUGUUCGGAGGAACUCUCCCCUUGUCCUCCUCAUCCCAGCCAGAAAGCUGAUGGACUCUGGCAACAUGUCUGCAAGCACAGAUCUUACCAAAAUGCUCAACAGGACGCUGUCGCCUAUCGGGACCCCAGACACGUUUAAGAAGCUCAUGCCUCGUAUUCGGUCCAAUGGCCCACUCACUGCAUCUGACACCGACAGUGCGUUAACUGGAACGGCAGUUCCCUCUUUGAAAGAUGCCCUGGCCCUCAUCGACUCUGAUCUGAGCUACAUUAACACCAGUCCUCGAGACACCAGCUGCAGCUUCUCGGAUUCGCUAGAAUCCAAGAGUGGGAUUUUUGGCGGCGGAGAGGACAGAAAUGGCCUCAAAGAGUUACCCGAUAGCCCGCAGGGGUCCGAGUCCAGUGAGCCGAGACUCACGUUCUUUGUCAGCAAAGAGGUUGUUUGUGUUUCAGAGAACGGUGGUGCGAAGGAAAAGGUCAAAAAGGCCUCUUUCGCAUCUGCCACGGUGACCAAGAGCAGAGCACCACCACUGGCGGAGGCGACCCAUUCAAGUGGCAGGAAAAUAAAAAAGUCACGGCGAAGACUUUUGGAGAAAACCCUUGAGCUGUCUGACGGCAGCGACCGGAGUGAGUCUGGACCAGUCACUCCAAGCCUUCCCGUUAUCCUCCCAGACACAGAAACCAGGGUGUGGAAAAGCUCUGAGAUUGCCAGCUCCCCAUGUGAUAACAGACAUCAUGCCCAGGAAGUUACCCCCUCUGGCCCGACUCCACCCGUCACCUUCCCCGUCACCUCCCCUCCACCUCUGGCCCCUGCUCGCUUCUCUUUCUCAGCCAUAUCCCCGCCUCCCGCAGCCCCGGCCUCCGCCACUUUCACGGUCACCUCUCUGUCGCCCCUGGGCUCAUCGUCCCCCUUACACCACGGCUCUACACAACACGCCUCUCCGACCCUUUCGGUACCCCUGUUCGUGCAGGAGGACUCCUUUCCCGUUCACGUGGCGGGGAAGGGCAAGAAGAGGAAGAGCGAGGAGUAUUUGAGAAGCGACGCAAAGAUUGAGGAUGCCGGGAAAGCUGAGCGUGUCAAAAGGAGCAAGGGGGUCGCCGUAAGAGUCGAGGCCCCGCGAUCGGCGCAGGAGAGGAGAAGUGCAUCCCAGAGGCAACCGCCGAGAACCGCAGACUCUGUGCGAUCAAUGCCUUCUUCGUAUCUAAGGACCGCAAGGUCCAUGGCUCCUGCCCAGGAAAAGCAAUCGAGCUCAAAACUCUCCUCAAGAGGUGCCCGGUCCGCUGGUAUUUCAUCAGUAAAGACUGCAAGAGUGGUUGCUCUUGCGCAGUCAAAACUGACCUUUAUUAAGCCGGCGCAAACAGCCAUACCGAGACACCCAAUGCCAUUUGCUGCCAAGAACAUGUUCUACGAUGAGCGGUGGGUCGAGAAGCAGGAGAGGGGAUUCACGUGGUGGAUCAACUACGUCCUCACCCCAGACGACUUUAAAGUCAACACUGAAGUCGCUGAAGUGAAUGCGGUGUCCCUCGCCAUGGGCAGCGGUGACAAGUGCAGUGUGCCUAGAGCGCCCACCAAAGAGGAGAUGUCCUUCAGCACCUACACGGCCCGGCGGAAGCUGAACCGCCUCCGCCGCUCCGCCUGCCAGCUGUUCACUUCCGAGGCCACGGUCAAGGCCAUUCAGAGGCUGGAACUGGAGGUGGAGGCCAAGAGGCUGCUCGUCCGGAAAGACCGCCACCUUUGGAAGGACAUAGGGGAACGCCGGAAAGUCCUCAACUGGCUUCUUUCAUACAAUCCGCUGUGGUUACGGAUUGGCCUCGAGACGAUCUUCGGGGAGUUGAUCUCGCUGGAGAGCAACAGCGACGCCUUGGGUCUGGCUCUGUUCAUCCUCCAGCGGCUGCUCUGGAACCCGGACAUCGCGGCUCAGUUCAGACACGCCAAAGUGCCUAACCUCUACAAAGACGGCCACGAGGAGGCGCUGUCUCGCUUUACUCUGAAGAAGCUGCUCCUGCUGGUGUGUUUCCUGGACAAAGCCAAAGAGUCCCGGCUGAUUGAGCACGACCCCUGUCUGUUCUGCUUGGAUGCAGAGUUCAAGACGAGUAAAGACCUGCUCCUGGCCUUCUCCAGGGACUUCCUGAGCGGCGAAGGGAUCCUCCCCCGACAUCUCGGCUACAUGGGGUUACCCGUCUUCCACGUUCAGAGGCCCCUGGACGAGUUCAACUUCGCUGUGAAGAAUUUGGCAGUUGAUUUGAAAUGCGGCAUUCGUCUAGUGCGCGUGAUGGAGCUCCUCAUCCAGGACUGGAGUUUGUCAGCCAAGCUGCGUCUGCCAGCCAUCAGCCGCCUGCAGAAGGUCCACAACGUGGACGUGGCGUUGCAAGUGCUCAAAAGCAAAGGGGUGGACCUCAAGGAUGAACACGGAUCCAAUAUUGAUUCCAGAGACAUUGUGGAUGGACACAGAGAGAAGACACUGAGCCUCUUGUGGAAGAUCAUCUUUGCGUUUCAUGUGGAGACUAUUUUGGAUGAGGCUCAGCUGAGGGAAGAAAUUGGCUUCCUGAGGAGAACCUUGAGGACCAAACGGACGCUGGCGUCCCUGAGGGCCGACCGGGGCCUUCAGCCGACUCCUUCAAAGACCAGGCCGCCGUACGAACACAGCAGCACUAAGAUUACUCUGCUGAUGGACUGGGUCCGAACCGUGUGUGACUUCUACAAUCUGAAGGUGGAAAACUUCACCGUAACGUUCUCGGAUGGCCGCGUCCUCUGCUACCUUAUCCACCACUACCACCCCAGUCUCCUGCCAGUGAGGGCCGUCAGUCACAGCACCACGCAGACCGUCGAGUGCUCGCCAAGGGGUCGCCUGGAGCUCAACUGCUCCGCCAGCGACUCCGACAACUCCUUUGGCUCCUUGCCGACGGGCCUGAACGGCCCAGAUUCUCCAUCAGUGGAAUUUAAAGAGCUGCUGGAGAAUGAGAAAAACAACUUCGGACUGGUCAACGCUGCAGUGUCUUUCCUGGGUGGCGUUCCCGCCAUGAUCAACCCAGCGGACAUGUCCAACACCAUCCCCAACGAGAAGGUUGUGAUGUCAUACCUGUCCUUCCUGUGUGCCCGUCUUCUGGAUCUGAGGAACGAAAGCAGAGCAGCUCGGGUCAUACAGGGCGCUUGGAGGAAGUACCGUUUACAGAAACAGCUACAGCUCUACAAGGAACGAAACAUGGCUGCCAUGAAAAUCCAGUUGGUCGUGAGGAGUUUUCUACAGAAGCGCAGAGCUGAGAGGCAGACUCGAGCUGCCGUGAUCAUCCAAUCAGCCUGGAGGGGUUUCUUAGCCCGCAACAGGCUGAGGCUCAAAAAACAGGCUCAACUUCGGGCUCUGCAGCAUGAAGCAGCAACUGUCAUCCAGGCUCAAUGGAGGAUGUUUUCGGCCUCGAGGGCUUACCGACGCCUCCGAAACUCCGCCAUUGUUGUCCAAGCACAAUGGCGAAUGAGGAGGGCAGCCGCUGCUUACAGAAGAAUUCACUGGGCGGCAACAGUCAUCCGGAAGCACUCGCGAGCAUGGGCACUGGCAAAAAGAGAUCGGGACCAUUAUCUCUCCCUUAGAGCCGCAGUGGUAAAAAUACAGGGAGGGUACAGAAGAUGGAAAACCCAGAAAACAGAAAAGGAAAACCGAGCUGCCAAAGUGAUACAAGCUGGGUUUAAGAAAUGGCAUGUGGCAAAAAUGGCUACAAGAGCUGUUGCCGCCGUAAAGAUUCAGUCUUGGUACAGAAUGCAGAUGUGUCUCCAUCACUACGGAAAGAUCAAGAAAAGCACUGUGCUCAUUCAGGCCCAGAGCAGAGGUCACGCACAGCGCCGCCGCUUUCGGGCGUUGAGGCUGCAGCGCCGCUCGGCCAUUGUCCUCCAGAGUGCCUUCAGAGGGCAUGCUGUCAGGAAGCAGAUGGCAAAAAUGAGAUGCGCUGCAGUCAUAAUCCAGCGGCGGUUCAGGGCCUCCGUGGUGGGAGACGCGGAAAGGCAAAUGUUUGCGAGGAUGAGACGCGCCGCCGUUGCCAUACAGGCAGCUUAUCGUGGACAAGUGGCUCGGGAGUCGCUGAAAAGACGGCACAAGUCGGCAACGGUAAUGCAGGCAGCUUUCAGGAUGCACGUGGCCCGGCGGCACUACCUCGUCAUGAGAAGAGCUGCGACUGUGAUUCAGCAGAAGUACAGAGCCGCUGUUUUGGCUCUCGGGAUGAAAAAGGCUUAUGAUGCUCUCAGGAACGCGGUGCUUGUAAUACAGGCUAACUGGAGAGGCAGAGCAGACAGGAAGACGAUGGAGAAGCGGCGCCAGUGUGCAACGCUAAUACAGGCUCACUACCGGCGCCACGUGUUGCAAGCGGAGUACAGAGCCAAGAUGGCCUGUGUCGUGGUUGUACAGCGUCGCUAUAGAGCGUACGUGGCUGGAAAGGAGACGAGGAAAGCGUACCUGCACACGAGAGCAGCCUGUGUGACACUCCAAGCAGGAUUCAGAGGCACGAGGGUUAGGGCAGAGCUGAAGAGAAAUCACUGGGCGGCGACUGUCAUUCAGUCUUCAGUGAGGAAGUUUUUAUGUCGCAAACGAUAUUUCCUCCUCCAAAGUGCAGCGAUUAUCAUCCAGAGCCGAUACAGAGCUCUUCUGGUCUGCAGGGCACAGCAGAAAGAAUACACUGCUCUGAAGCAGGCCACCGUAAAAAUACAAGCCGUGUACCGAGGAUGUAGAGUGAGACGAGUUCUAAAGAGGAGGCACGAUGCUGCCAGAGCAAUCCAAGCGCAGUUCAGGAUGCACAAAAUGCACAUGGUGUACCUCGCCACCAAGUGUGCCGCCGUCAUUAUUCAGGAACGCUACAGGGCCAAAAAGCUCAGGAAUCAGCAGAUGCAGCGGUACGGGGCAAUGAAAUCCGCAGCGGUGUUCAUCCAGGCAGUGUACCGCGGCCACAGGGCAAGGAGCAAGAUUGUAGAGAUGCACCGAGCCGCAUCGAUCAUUCAAAGAAAGUUUCUCGCUGUUCGCGAUAGAAAAAGGUUCCUAGCUCUCAAGGCCGCAGCUUUGGUUUGUCAGCAGAGGUCCAAAGCAGUGACUCUGGCAAGAAAAGACCGUUUGGACUAUCUGUCGAAGCGCACGGCAGUCAUUUGUCUGCAGGCGGCCUACAGAGGAUGCACUGUCAGAAAGCAGUUGCAUAUACAGCGUUCGGCAGCUGUAACGAUUCAGUCCCACUUCCGAAAGCACCAGCAGAGAACCUACUACAAGACUCUCCUAUGGGCGGCCAGUGUUUUGCAAGCGCGUUACAGAGCCAACAAGAAAAUGAGAGGGGAGACUCAAGCCCUGAGUGCCAAGAGAAAUGCUGCUGUUAUCUUACAAGCCGCCUUCAGAGGAAUGAAAUCCAGACAACUCUUCAAACAAAGGCACCGGGCUGCCGCUGUUAUCCAGAGAGCCUAUAGAGCACACUGUGAACACCAGCAGUAUCUGGCCUUAAAAUCCUCCGUCCUCACCAUUCAGCGGAGGUAUCGGGCCACUGCAGCAGCGACGGUUCAGAUGCAGAAAUACCAGACGAUGCGAGGUGCUGCUGUUGUCCUGCAGGCAGCACACAGAGGGCAGCAGGUCAGAAAGCAGGUUGCCCGCUGGCAUCGGGCUGCCACUGUGAUCCAGUCUGCAUUCAGAAAGCACAGAGAGGAAGUCAAAUACCAGGCCAUGCGUUUGUCCUCCAUCAUCAUCCAGAGAUUCUAUCGUUCCUGUGUUCUUCAGAGGCAGGAAAGGGAAGAGUUCCUAAAAAUGAGACAUUGUGUCAUCGUUCUUCAGGCAGCUUUCAGGGGUCAUCGUGUGCGGACCAACGUUGCCGAGAUGCACAGAGCAGCUGCUGUUAUUCAAGCCAACUUCAAGAGGCACAGACAGCAGUCGACCUUCAGGAAACAACGCUGGGCAGCCUGCGUCUUACAGCAGAGGUUCAGAGCUCAGAUCCAGAGAAACGCUGAGGUGAAACAUUAUCAACAGUACAGAAAAGCAGCCAUCGUGUUACAGGCUGCAUGUCGUGGAAUGAAAUUGAGGCAGAAGAUCAAACACACGCAUCAGGCUGCCGGCGUUAUCCAGAGGGCCUAUAGAGCACACUGUGAACACCAGCAGUAUCUGGCCUUAAAAUCCUCCGUCCUCACCAUUCAGCGGAGGUAUCGGGCCACUGCAGCAGCGACGGUUCAGAUGCAGAAAUACCAGACGAUGCGAGGUGCUGCUGUUGUCCUGCAGGCAGCACACAGAGGUCAGCAGGUCAGAAAGCAGGUUGCCCGCUGGCAUCGGGCUGCCACUGUGAUCCAGUCUGCAUUCAGAAAGCACAGAGAGGAAGUCAAAUACCAAGCCAUGCGUUUGGCCUCCAUCAUCAUCCAGAGAUUCUAUCGCUCCUGUGUUCUUCAGAGGCAACAGAGGGAGAACUUCCUAAAAAUGACACAUUGUGCCAUUGUUCUUCAGGCAGCUUUCAGGGGUCAUCGUGUCCGGUCCAACGUUGCCGAGAUGCACAGAGCAGCUGCUGUUAUUCAAGCCAACUUCAAGAGGCACAGACAGCAGUUGACCUUCAGGAAGCAACGCUGGGCAGUCUGCGUCUUACAGCAGAGGUUCAGAGCUCAGAUCCAGAGAAACGCUAAGGUGAAACAUUAUCAGGAGGUUCUGAAGGCCGUAAUUAAGCUUCAAGCUACCUUCCGUGGAAUGAAAUCCAGAAGAAUAAUCAAACAAAGGCAUUAUGCCGCUUGUGCUAUCCAGAGAGCUUACAGAGGCUUCUCUAAACGCAAGCAGUAUCUGAAAUUACAAUGGUCAGUCCUAACUAUUCAGAGACAAUAUCGGGCGGCUGUUGCAGCUAAAGCCCAAAGAACAAAAUACCUGGAAAUGCGCAGCGCAGCAGUCAUCGUUCAGGCAGCACACAGAGGUCAGCAGGUCAGAAAGCAGGUUGCCCGCUGGCAUCGGGCUGCCACUGUGAUCCAGUCUGCAUUCAGAAAGCACAGAGAGGAAGUCAAAUACCAAGCCAUGCGUUUGGCCUCCAUCAUCAUCCAGAGAUUCUAUCGCUCCUGUGUUCUUCAGAGGCAACAGAGGGAGAACUUCCUAAAAAUGACACAUUGUGCCAUCGUUCUUCAGGCAGCUUUCAGGGGUCAUCGUGUCCGGUCCAACGUUGCCGAGAUGCACAGAGCAGCUGCUGUUAUUCAAGCCAACUUCAAGAGGCACAGACAGCAGUCGACCUUCAGGAAACAACGCUGGGCAGCCUGCGUCUUACAGCAGAGGCUCAGAGCUCAGAUCCAGAGAAACGCUGAGGUGAAACAUUAUCAACAGUGCAGAAAAGCAGCCAUCGUGUUACAGGCUGCAUGUCGUGGAAUGAAAUUGAGGCAGAAGAUCAAACACACGCAUCGAGCUGCCGGCGUUAUCCAGAGGGCCUAUAGAGCACACUGUGAACACCAGCAGUAUCUGGCCUUAAAAUCCUCCGUCCUCACCAUUCAGCGGAGGUAUCGGGCCACUGCAGCAGCGACGGUUCAGAUGCAGGAAUACCAGACGAUGCGAGGUGCUGCUGUUGUCCUGCAGGCAGCACACAGAGGGCAGCAGGUCAGAAAGCAGGUUGCCCGCUGGCAUCGGGCUGCCACUGUGAUCCAGUCUGCAUUCAGAAAGCACAGAGAGGAAGUCAAAUACCAGGCCAUGCGUUUGGCCUCCAUCAUCAUCCAGAGAUUCUAUCGUUCCUGUGUUCUUCAGAGGCAGGAAAGGGAAGAGUUCCUAAAAAUGAAGCAAUCCACCAUCACCCUUCAGGCAGCGUUUAGAGGUUGGUGUGUGAGGAGGGACAUGAGCGGACAAAAUCAGGCAGCGAUUGUGAUUCAAUCGUGCUGGAGAUGCUCAGUGCAAAGACGUAUCUUCCAAAGGACGCGCGAGACGGCCGUGAAACUUCAGCGGAGGGUCCGAGCGGUCCAGCUUGGCACGUUGGAGAGGAACCACUACACCCGGAUCAGGAAAGCUGCCAUAACACUUCAGAAACACUUCCGAGUCUGGACUGCAAGACAACAGGUACGAGAGAGAGCCGCGGCAGAGAGGAGGCGCCGCUUUACCUCUGCGGUCUUCCACCAUCUCAGCGCCAUAAAGGUGCAACGAGCUCUGAGGGCCCACUGGGCUUUGGAGUCGGCCAAAAGACAAAUCCAUUCCGUCAUCGCCAUACAGCGAUGGGUAAGAUCGAGGCAGCAGAGGCGGCGGUAUCUGGAGGACAGGAGGAAGGUGCUCAUCGCCCAGAGAGCGGUGAAGUGCUGGUUAGGUCGCCGCCACAGGGCUGCAUCCAUCAUCCAGCAGGCCGUCCGCAGGCUCCUCCUUCUAAAGCGCCAGGAGAGGGUUCAACAAGGCAUUGUCAAAGCUCAGGCUUUGUGGAGAGGACACCGCUCCCGCCGACUGAAUGACGAUGCCAAGUUGGUGAAAUUAAGACACCGAUUACGCAAAGUCUCCACCGGUGUCCGAGAGGAGGACAAACUGUGCAACAAGACGUCGUCUGCACUGGACUACCUCCUUCGAUACAAACACUUCUCCUAUAUUCUCGAGGCCCUGAGAAACCUCGAGACCGCCACCAGACUGUCCCCAGUGUGCUGUGAGCGGCUGGUUGAGAGCGGAGCCACCAACGUCAUCUUCACACUCAUCCGUUGCUGCAACAGGAGCGUCCCUUGCAUAGACGUCAUCACCUACUCCAUCCAGAUCCUCCUCAACCUCUCGAAGUAUCACAAGACCAUCGAGGCAGUGUAUUCGGUAGAAAGCUUUGUGGAGACGCUGCUGGACCUGCUGCAGAGAUACAGGGAGAAGGCCGGCGAUAAAGUAGCAGAAAAGGGCGGCGGCAUCUUCACCAAGGCCUGCUUCCUUUUCGCUCUCCUCCUUCAAGACGAGCACCGUGCUGGGGAGGUUAUGAAGCGACCCAUGGUAUUGGAGCGAAUACGCAGUAUUUACCGUCUCACUGCUCGCAAACACAAGAUGGACGCCGAAAGGACUGUUAUGAAACAGAAGAUGAACGCAUCGAUGAAUGGAAGCUUCUUAGUCCAAGCAACACCUCGCAAAUCCCGCCCUGUGCCAAAAUUUGCACCGGAUUGGGUCCUCAGAAAAGACAAGCUCAAAGAUAUUGUAGACCCUCUCAGGGCCAUUGAAAUGGUGGCACACACACUCUGCAUUGUGUUGUAAAUGGAUCAGCUUUUAAAUCUUAAUUUUCAUCGUCUUUUUUACUUCAAAAAAACAUUUUGUAUAGUUCAGUUUUCUUUUUUACAUUUCCAUGUUUUUCAUGUAAUAUAAUAAAAUGGAUUUGUUUCUUA